AUGCUCCCCCGCCCCUGCCCGCCCCGAUUAUUGCGCUGGCUGGGUCGUCUCCUGCCUUCUGCCCCUUCCCUACUUUACAGCAGCUCCGCAGGCUCCGUCCCUUUCCCGGGACGGGCAGGACCGAGGAGCAGGCGGAGGCUUGAAUUCGCUUGUGGCUGCCGAGGGGGUGGUGGGAUCGGACCUUUUAAAGCGCUCUGCAGACAAAAACCCCACCACGACACCGUGCUGUUUCCAGAGUACCACCAGUGCCGUUUUCAGCCGGCUCGUUUGGCUCCCGCCACCGCCCCCCGCCCCGCUGACGCCCCCCGGCCCCGCACGGAGCCCCCUCCCUCCGCAGCGCAGCGGCUCGGGGCUGGCGGCACCGGCUGGGGCUGCGCCUCCGAGUCCAGCCUGGAGCCCUGCGCUGGAGGUGUCCGCUCCCGCUGUACCGAUUACCGGCUUUACCCCCGCGGUCCGCUCUUCGGGGCAACACCAACGGCUGCCAAGCCGGGGGAGCUACGGCGGCAGCAUCCCUCCUCGCCGGGCCCCUCAGUAUGGGACGUGAUGACCAGACACGUCCCUACCUCAAGCCCGCCGACCCUCCCCUACGCUCCGCACGCCCCCUGGGCAGUUUGCUCCGAGCUACACCGGCCGAGCUGCCCACCUCCUCCGGCACCGGGGUUCUCCCAGCGCCGCUCCGAGCGGACUCCAGGCUCGGUUUGCCUCUCCUCCCUCAGCGCGCCCCGGCCAGGAGAACCGUCCGGCUUCCCCGGACGGAGCUGGAGCGGGGCGCAGGGGGAGGAGGAGGAAGAGCAGGGACAGGGCAGCGCGCCCCGUCUCCCCCCGGCCCCGCAGCGGCAGGGUGAAGCGGGCUGGGCAGCUCUGUGCCCGCGGUGCCUUCAGGGAGCUGCCAGCCCUGUCCGUGCAGCCGCGGGGGCCGGCGGGGCCAGCAACGGAGCGGGAGCCGGCUCGGACCAGGACCGGGUGAAGCGCCCCAUGAACGCCUUCAUGGUGUGGUCGCGGGGCCAGCGGCGGAAGAUGGCCCAGGAGAACCCCAAGAUGCACAACUCGGAGAUCAGCAAGCGCCUCGGGGCCGACUGGAAGCUGCUGAGCGACGCAGAGAAGCGGCCCUUCAUCGACGAGGCCAAGCGGCUGCGGGCCGUGCACAUGAAGGAGUAUCCGGAUUACAAAUACCGGCCCCGAAGGAAGACCAAGACCUUGCUGAAGAAGGACAAAUACUCGCUGCCCGGCAAUCUGCUGGCCCCGGGUGGGGGCAACGCGGUGAGCAGCCCCGUCGGGGUGGGGCAGAGGAUUGACACUUAUGCCCACAUGAACGGCUGGACCAACGGGGCUUACUCACUGAUGCAAGACCAGCUGGGCUACAGCCAGCACCCGGGCAUGAACAGCCCCCAGCUGCAGCAGAUGCACCGCUACGACAUGACAGGCCUGCAGUACAGCCCCAUGAUGUCCACGGCCCAGACCUACAUGAACGCCGCCUCCACCUACAGCAUGUCCCCCGCUGCCUACGGCCAGCAGCCCUCCACGGCCAUGAGCCUGGGCUCCAUGGGCUCGGUGGUGAAAUCCGAGCCCAGCUCGCCGCCUCCUGCCAUCACUUCCCACUCGCAGAGGGCCUGCCUGGGAGACCUGCGGGAUAUGAUCAGCAUGUACCUGCCCCCGGGGGGGGAUGCCACAGACCCUUCCGCCCUGCAGGGCAGCAGGUUACACAGCGUCCACCAGCACUACCAGAGUGCCGGGACUGGCGUGAAUGGUACCGUACCACUAACUCACAUAUAAACUUGGCUGCUCCGGACGGCUCCCCGUCUUAAUCCCUAACCCCACCACCGUUCCCUGACUACACCGGGACGUACGGCAGUGUUGCUCGGCUUAGCAGACUUAAUACUAACUUUGGAGAAAUUUUAAAAAGGAAAUCCGUUAGUUGUGUCCUUUUUUUGUACAAAAAAAAUAUUCGAGAAAGCUGUUAUUUUAAUAGAUCACACUUCCUGCCUCCUAAAAGCCGCUGUGAAGUUUUUAAAGCACGGCAACUUCUUUCCUUGUUUCUGCUAGGUUGGGCACUGUUUUAUUCGCUUAAAAGUUUUUAAAAGAUCUUGCAUCUUCCAGUUUGAUUUCUAGCCUUGCAAUGACAUAAAAAAAAACCAAACCACCAAACCGGCGGGCUUUUGUUUUUAAACUCAGUUGUUCACAUUAUCGUUGUGGUUUCUUAAGUGU